UUUUCCUUUUCUUUCCUUUCUUUCUCUCUUUAUUAAAUUGUAUAUAUAUAUUCUUUCCUUUUUAUUUUUUAUUUUUUUAUUUUAUCAAUACUAGUCUUUCUAUAAUAGAAUGUCAACAACAUCUAAUGAUGGAAGAUGUUAUCGACAUCGAAAAGAUCUUGUUAACAAUAGAGCCGAAGUUCUUUUUGAGUUAUCUUUGGAUAAAGUAUCUACAGUAGAUCGUGCUGCCAUUACUCAUAUUUGGUCACUCUUCUCUUCUGCACCAAAGAAACAACGCGACUUGAUCUUGAAAGGUAUUCUCUCUGUUUGUUGUAUGCCUCAACUCUCUUUUAUCUAUGAAACAUUACAACCUUUACUUAGAAUUGAUUUUGUAGCAAUAUUACCAAGACAUGUGAACUUUCAAAUAUUUAGUUAUCUUGAUGCUACUUCUUUAUGUUAUGCUGCUCAAGUCUCUCAUUCUUGGAAAUCAAUUGCUGAUGAUGAACGUCUUUGGUUUAUGAUGUGUGAUCAACAUACUGGAAAGAAAUGUGCAAAAUGUGGAUGGGGUUUAUCCAACAAGCUUCAAACAGCUUUAUCAUCUUCUUUAAACAAAGGUAUUACUCUCCAACAACAACAACAACAACAAGAAUCAAUCUUAUCUGCUAUGACCACUUUACGAUCCACGACAAUGACAUCAGUAAAGAAACCUUAUACACCCAUAUCAUCAUCAAGAAAAAGAAAACUUUCUUUGGUCUUCUCUCCUUCUUUUAUCAGUUUGUUCCCGAAAAAGAAAAUAUUAUCAUCAUCAUCAACCACCUCUUUUACCGAAUCAUUGAAUACCGACAUCGAUCCUUUACUCAACCAACGACAUGAUAAUUUCAACAUUUGGAAAUCAAUUUAUCGUGAACGUAUGUUAGUAGAACAGAAUUGGCGACAAAAUCGAUUUAUUCAGCGGGAACUAUGUGGACCGAAGAAUGGCGUGAUCUGCAUUCAAGUUUGCGACGAUCUUCAAGUGAUUAUGAUUGGAUACGAUGACAAAACAAUUCAUGUUUAUGAUACCACUCAACAACAACAACAACAGCAUAAUAUACCAACAACAAUUAUGAAAAUGGAAUCAAUGAUACACUGUUUUCAGUUUGAUGAAGCCAAAUUGAUUGUUGGUGAAUUAGAUCAUUCAAUUAGUAUUUGGGAUUGGCGUCAAGGCAUAAGAAUUCGUAGGUUGCAAGGUCACACAGACGCCAUUGUUACUCUUCAUUUUAAUUCCCGCAACAUUCUCGCCACCGGUUCCUUGGAUCACACCAUUCGGAUAUGGGAUUUUCAACAAAGUCAAAGUUAUGUUUUACUUGGUCAUGACACAGCCAUUCGAUCUCUUGUAUUACUCCAACAUCAAUCACAACAAUUAUUAGCCUCUGCAGGGGAUGAUGCUUCUAUCCGUAUAUGGGAUUUGACAACACAACAAUGUAUUCGAUGCUUGACAGGUCAUCAUGGCGGCGUUCGGAAAAUCGUUCCCGUACCCUCAUCAAGUCAAUUAUUGAAAAACAACAGCCAUCCACUUAUUCUAUCAUGUUCCACUGACAAUACUAUACGCUUAUGGGAUAUCAUCACAGGUCAAUGUCUUCGUACAAUGUUUGGUCAUAUGGACCAUGUUACUAGCCUAGCAUGCGAUCCAUUUCGUAUUGUGACUGGAUCAAAAGACAAGUCUUUACGUAUAUGGUCUUUGGAUACUGGUGAACUUCAACAUGUAUUCCAUUCUCAAAGUCCUGUCAAUGCUGUGGCCCUUUCCUCUUCUGGUAUUCUUUCUGCAUUUGGUGGGUCUGGUUGUAUUUGGGACUAUAGUACUACUAUCAAUUCAAGAUGAUUUGCUGCUUGGAAUUAAAAAAUUGCAUUGCGUGAUUGAUUGACCGAAUAUCGUUUGGAUUAUGCCAUUUCUUUUCUUCCAAUCAAAAGAUAGACGUCCCCCUCUCCUUUCCCCCCCCUUUUUUUUUAUCACUCUAUUUUUAUACCCAGCAUUUAUAUAUACACUUAUUAUUCAUCCGUUUUCUCCAGUUAGUUGUAGUUUAUAUUGCUUAUUUUACCCUAUUUUAUACUAGAUAAUCUGUUACACACAUAUACAAUUAUCCCUCUAUUCGAAUAAAUCGUUGUUCAAAUAUCAUUAUUUCUUUCUUUCUCUCUUUUU